GUUAAACGUUAGCGAACAGCGCCACUAGUGGUCAGCAAUGUAAUAACGUCAUUACCGGGGAAAUCCCCCGUUUUGUACAUUUAACGACAGCAAUUUGUUGUCGACAUCACACUUCCGUGAUAUAAUAUUCGCCAUACAUGCAAGUAUGAAGUUUUGACUGCUACAUUUUUCUGACCUCUAAGAAUGUGAAUUUGGCUGAUUUCAAUGUCGUUUUCGGCUGUGCAUAGAACUUUUUUUUUGAUUUGUUGAGGAAGUGAAAACAAGUUUUUGAAUCGUAUGUACUGAUCAACAACGAUAAUGGCGACGAAAUCUGGAAGAGGACGGCAGCGGAAAAUUGUGUAUGUCAGUGAUAUUCCAGCGAUAGAAAUACAGAAUUUAUCCGAAAUAUUAGAUGUGCUAGGAAAGAACAACUGGGAGAAGUUGGCUGCUUUAAUGGAAUACCCAAAACACAAAAUUGAGGCGUUCAAGAUGGCUUACCGCCGAAAUAGUGGCAGUCCAUGCACCGAUUUGCUACGUGUAUAUGGCCAGGGAGAUAGUACAGUUACCGAUUUGUUCUUAUUGCUGAAACAAAUGAAUCAUGUUAGAUGCAUGGACAUUCUGAAACCAUAUGUGGAUCCAGUUCACCAUGUUAAACAACCAGUUGAAGACUCACUUGCAUCUUAUACCACUUCCGCUCAUAGCAAUGCUAGUGUAAACAAAUGUCGAUGUUCAGAGACUGUGUCAUUCAACACACCAUUCGUUAAUCUUCUAGGUAUCAACAUUGAAGAUUUGCCAAUACCAGAACCUCCGCAGUUAGAUUUGACUUGUAGCAUUUGUUCUCAGAGUUCAUCACUAUCAUCAUCUUCCUCAUCAAGCUUUGAUCGGACGCAAGAAAUGCACCAGUCACACUACCCAUCAACGUACGAAUCAAAUAAAGCACAAAACACAAAAAGUGUCAAAAGUGCCCCGCUGCCAACAGCUGAUUUGAUCAAUUUGAAUAUUGGAGACAAGAGACAUGCGUCAUCUUUUCAAACAGUCUCUACGACGUCAUGUAAUCUUUCUGAAGGUGAACGUCAACAGGUGUACGACAGCAACAGUUUAUGUGAGUUAGGAGAUCUAGAGAUAUUACAAAGCUGGGAUGCGAGUGAUAAACCACUUACUUUAGAAGAACAACGACAGAGAGAUCGUAUGACUGCCUUGGCGACUAUGAACCAUAAGAAGUACAAAGAAAUAUCACAUAGUACAAAUGAUUUUGAUGAGUCAAUGAUACUUGGUGAAGGGGCAUUUGGUCGGGUUUACAGAGCUGUGUUAAACGAAACACCGUUUGCAGUUAAAAGACUGAUGCAGAAUGAACACACCGGUUUUAGUCAGGAAAGAUCCGCAAGAAAAUACCAAAUAAAUGAAAUUGUUGCCUUAUUGAAGUAUCGCCAUACCAACAUAGUGCCUUUAUGUUUUUACUCACUUGAUGGUCCUGAGCCUUGCUUGGUUUAUGAAUUCAUGCAUAAUGGAUCACUUCAGGAUAAUUUAAUUGGAAAGAGGCACAGAUUCUCACUAAAAUGGAAAUUACGAAUGAAUAUUGCUAAAGGAUCGGCUAGAGGAAUCCAAUUUCUACACACAGCUAUUGAUAAACCACUUAUACAUGGAGAUAUCAAAAGUGGUAAUAUUUUGCUGGAUAAGCACAAUGAGCCUAAAAUUGGUGAUUUUGGUUUGGCAAGAGAAGGCCCUAAUGCCAAUCAAACUUCUACGUACCUGAAGACAGAAACAGUCCAUGGCACAGUAGCUUAUCUGCCUCCAGAGUUCCUGAAAAAUUUUCGACUUUCAACCAAAGUUGAUACAUAUAGCUUUGGGGUGGUCAUGUUUGAAAUUGUUUCUGGCAGUGAGAAGCACAACUAA